UUAAAAACUGCACCGUCGUCCUCCUCAAAUGAAAUUCCAGAUUUUGUUCAUUCUUAAUAGUUAGGGUUUCUCUCUCUCGCAUUCUGCUAUCGCGCACUCACCUGAUUACCCCAAUUAAGCGUUUUAACGAUCUGAUUUAUGGACCCGGCAGUAGGCAUGGAUGAGAAUGAAACAAAGCUGUCUGUAGCUAUUGAGGACAAAAAGACGGAGGCAGAGGUCGAUGCUGAUGAUUCUGCCAAGAAUAACCAAAUUCCGAUUCUGGCAAAAGAUGGGCCCUCGACAUAUCUGCACCCGCUACACAAGCUCAAGCGUGUGCACUGGUGGAUUCUGGUCGUCCUCAACAUAACAUUCCUUCUCGUGGGCCAAGCAGCUGCUGUCCUCUUGGGUAGAUUCUAUUACGACAAAGGCGGAAACAGUAAAUGGAUGGCCACUUUAGUCCAGACGGCCGCUUUCCCGGUUCUCCUCGUCCCCUACUUUUUCCUCCGUUCCUGCUCUAACUUGGACGAACCUCCUCCCAAUUUGUCGGCCUCACCUUCCUUGCUCGUUUUGACUGCAAUCUACAUUGUGAUUGGGGGCGUGGUUGCUGGAGACAACAUGCUCUACUCUGUUGCCCUCUUAUACCUCUCGGCCUCCACUUACUCUCUCGUGUGUGCCACCCAGCUGGCCUUCAACGCCGUCUUCUCCUUCUUCAUCAACCGCCAAAAGUUGACUGCCCUCAUAUUCAACUCGGUGGUCAUCCUCACUUUGUCGGCUGUCCUUCUUGGCGUCAACGAGGACUCGGACAGGCCUUCCGGGGUCACCACCCGCAAAUACAUAGCUGGGAUCAUCACAGCCGUUGCUGCUAGUGCCCUCUAUUCUCUCUUGUUGUCCGUAAUGCAGCUGACAUUCGAAAAGGUCCUCAAGAAGGAGACAUUCGGGGUCGUUCUUGAAAUGCAGAUGUACACUGCGGCUGUCGCGACUUGUGUGGCGGCUGUAGGUCUAUUCGUGAGCGGUGAAUGGAGGACUCUCGGGGGCGAAAUGGGUAGUUUUGCGAGCGGGAGGUUCUCGUACGUUAUGACGCUCGUUUGCACGGCAGUGUCGUGGCAGUUCUGCUCAGUGGGGGUCGUGGGCUUGAUCUUCGUGGUGUCGUCACUUUUCUCUAAUGUCAUUAGUACUCUCUCGCUGGCCGUGACGCCCAUAGCAUCGUUGAUCGUUUUCCAUGAUAACAUGAAUGGUGUGAAGAUUGUUGCCAUGUUGAUGGCGUUUGUGGGAUUUGCGUCAUACAUCUAUCAAAAUUAUCUUGACGAUAUAGAGUUAAGGAAGAAUGUAAGGAGUGUUGAUGACGUUCCUUAAUGAUUCUUUUGCUCUGAUUACUAUAAAAGAAUGUCGGGUUUCAUUUUUUUUAUUCGGGUUUAGAUGAUUUUUCUCAUGGCAACAGAGGUCAUAAUUGAGAUAUUUUGUUUGUUAGUAAUAUGUGAUAUGUUAAAUAUUGACUGAAGCAAUUUUAAUGGUCAGCCUCUUGGCUAUGUGAAACCUUACAGAGGAUUACGGCAGGGAGAUCCUCUUUCUCCAUACCUCUUUCUAAUUUUGACUGAAGCCUUCUCUAAUCUGCUUGAUCAAGCUUGUAAAUAUUCUAAUUUUCAAGGCAUUAAAAUUGGCCGUUUUGCUCCUUCAAUUUCUCAUCUUUUUUUUGCAGACGACUCCAUUGUCUUCUGUAAAGAUGAUUGUCAUAAUGCUAUGCUUUUGAAUAAUAUUUUGCUUAGUUAUGGUAAGGCAUCUGGACAGGUUAUUAAUCUUUCUAAAUCCUCCAUUUUAUUCUCUAAAAAUACUACUGCUGAGGCCAAGGAUUUUAUCUGCCAUCUGUUUGGAGGGGUUCAAGUGGUUAAGUCCUCUAGAUAUUUAGGGAUGCCUUCAGGUAUUGGUAGGUCAAAGCUAGAAACUUUUAAAUUUGUGUCAGAUUGUGUAUUUGAAAGAGUCUCUAAUUGGAAAAAUCGGUUCUUGAGUGAUGCAAGACGAGAAACUUUGAUUAAAACUAUUUUGGGAGCUUUACCAGUGUAUAUUAUGUCAUGUUUUAAGUUGCCUGUUGGGAUUUGCCAGAGUAUUUGCAGGGUAAUGGCUGAAUUUUGGUGGGGAUUUUCAGAAGAGGGUAGAAAAAGAAUUCAUUGGACAGGAUGGGAAUAAUUGGCAUUACCUAAGGAUAAAGGUGGGUUGGGUUUCAGAAAUCUCUCCCUAUUCAAUGAUGCUCUAAUUGCAAAAUAAUUGUGGAGAGUGAUUUCUCAACCAAACCUAUUAUUAAGCAAGGUAAUGAGGGGGAAGUAUUUCCAUGACAAGCAAAUAUGGGAUGUGACUACAAAAAAUUCGGAUUCAUGGCUCUGGAAAUCUUGGUUGAAAGCUCGAUAUGUUCUUAGAUUGGGGGUCAGAUAUAAAAUUGGAGAUGGGAAUACGAUUAACAUAUGGGAAUCACCCUGGCUUCCUAGAGCUCCUCAGUUUAAACCUUUCUGUUGUUUUGAGCGAGAUAGAUUGCGCUUGACAAAAGUGACUGACCUAUUAAAGGAGGAUGAUGGCAUGUGGGAUUUGGAGCUUGUAAAGCAAACUUUUCUCCCAAAUGAAGCUGAAGAAAUACUCAAACUUCCUGUACCAGUCAAAGGCAAAGAGGACCAUUUGGUGUGGCAUAACUGUCCGCAAGGCCUCUUUACAGUAAAGAAUGUUUAUAAUUUGCUUGUGGAAAAUGCAGGACUAGUGAAAGACAUCCCAGAGCAUAGCAAUCAGAACAAUAUUCUUAAGAAGGUCUGGAGGCGAACUUGGGGGUUACAAGUUAAGAACAAGAUAAAAGUGUUUGUGUGGAAAUGUUGGCAUAAGUUCAUUGGAGUUCAAGACCAGUUACUUAAGAGAGGAAUGGUGAUAGAUCCAAUUUGUCAACAGUGUGGUGAGCAGAAUGAGACUUUAGAACAUAUCUUUUUCUCUUGUAGUAGAGCGGAGAGAGUUUGGAAACUAUCAGGGCUUAUUUGGGAUGGAUUAAGGGAUAAAGAAGAUGACUUUCGAAGCUGGUGGACAGUGUUGUGUACAAUGGACAUUGGCAGGAGGAGGAAAGAUAGAAUAGAACUCACUACGUAUCUUCUUUGGUGGCUCUGGCGCACCAGGAAUAAUUGGAUAUUUAAGAAAGAAUGGAGGUCUGAAAAGGAGGUGGCUGAGGGGGCUAUCUGGGAGUGGAGGGAAUUCACCAUUAUCAGUACCAAGGAGGGAGAAGGUGAGUAGUAAUUCUGGUGUCUUCAGGGGGAGGUAAAAGUGAAGGUAGGGCAGUGAUGUAACUGUCAGUGCUGAAUCUUUUACUAAUUCUUGUUGAACUACUCUCACUGCUUAUGCGGAUUCUUGGAAACUGGUUCGUGGGAAGUGCUCAGAGGCUUCAAUGGGAGUUAUGCUGUUUUGUAAUUAUGUGUGGUCUUGCUGCUGUUGUUUAUUUUUGUAUUUCCUCUUUUGUAGUUGAUGUGCUGUUUAGCUUCUUUCUCUGUAAUUUUUUAGUUUCUGGUUUUAGAUGUUUAGUGUUUGGAUAUGCUGAUUAGGGGAUCUUGGUUUGUAACCUUUUCCCCCUGGUUUGUUGUUGGUCAGAUUGCUGUACUCUUUUAGUUUUUUUAGCUGGGCUUGUACUUGGUUGUUUGUGUUUAUAUAAUNU